ACACGCACACGGGCACAUACGCACCCCGGGCCGGCUCCGUUCGGCCGAGCCCCCGCCCCACAGCGCUCCGCGAUCAGCACCCAGGACAGCGCCAGCCACACGCGUGCGGGGGCGGGGUCCGGGCGGGGCCGGCGCCUCGGUGUCUCUCGGGAGGGUCCUGUCUAGCCACCGAGCAGAAAGAACAGUAAGACCCCGCCGCCAUGUUCCCGGAGCCCCCAACACCGGGGCCUCCAGCGACCGACACGCCUCCUGACUCGAGUCGCAUCAGCCACGGCCCUGUGCCCCCCUGGGCUCUGGCCACCAUCGUGCUGGUCUCAGGCCUCCUCGUCUUCAGCUGCUGUUUCUGUCUCUACCGGAAGCGUUGUCGGAGGCGGAUGGGCAAGAAGAGCCAGGCUCAAGCCCAGGUCCACCUUCAGGAAGUGAAGGAGCUGGGCCGGAGUUACAUAGACAAGGUGCAGCCAGAAGUGGAGGAGCUGGAGCCGACACCAUCUGGGCCAGGGCAACAGGUGGCAGAGAAGCAUGAACUAGGACGACUACAGUACUCACUGGAUUAUGAUUUCCAGAGUGGCCAGCUGCUGGUGGGCAUCGUGCAAGCUGAGGGAUUGGCAGCCUUGGACCUAGGUGGCUCCUCUGACCCCUACGUGCGGGUUUACCUGCUGCCAGACAAACGGAGGCGGCACGAGACCAGGGUGCAUCGGCAGACGCUGAACCCACACUUUGGGGAGAACUUUGCCUUCAAGGUCCCCUACGUGGAGCUGGGGGGCAGGGUACUGGUCAUGGCAGUAUACGACUUCGACCGCUUCUCCCGCAACGACGCCAUUGGGGAGGUGCGGCUCCCCAUGAGCUCCGUGGACUUGGGGCGGCCAGUGCUGGCCUGGCGGGAGCUGCAGGCGGCUCCUCGGGAGGAGCAGGAGAGACUAGGUGACAUCUGCUUCUCCCUCCGCUAUGUCCCCACGGCCGGGAAGCUCACCGUCAUCGUCCUGGAGGCUAAAAACCUGAAGAAGAUGGAUGUAGCAGGGCUGUCAGAUCCGUAUGUCAAGGUCCACCUGCUGCAGGGCGGCAAAAAGGUGCGGAAGAAGAAAACGACCAUCAAGAAGAAUACUCUGAACCCCUAUUACAACGAGGCCUUCAGCUUCGAGGUGCCCUGUGACCAGGUCCAGAAGGUUCAGGUGGAGCUGACUGUGCUGGACUAUGACAAGCUGGGCAAGAACGAGGCCAUCGGGAGGGUGGCCGUAGGGGCAGCGGCCGGGGGCGCUGGCCUGCGGCACUGGGCAGACAUGCUGGCCAACCCCCGGCGGCCCAUCGCCCAGUGGCACUCGCUGCGGCCCCCUGACCGAGUGAGGCCACCGCCAGCACCCUGAUCCCCACCCUCAAGCCCCUGACCCCAGACUCCUGGCCAAAGCCACGUCCAUGCCCACCUUUAAGCCUUCUUUGAACGCUAACACCCCCCCCAACUCUACCCAUUCCUGCCUUCUCCCCACCCCCGUUAUGCCAAUCAUGAUAACCUGCCAACUCCCCCAAUAUGGCACAUGCCCAAAAGCCCCAGGGACCCCUGGAGGAGGGGAGCAGUCUGGGCUCCUGCCGUCCCAGGGUCCCGACCUCCGCUUUGACAAUCAGUGAUCCCAGCCUACUAUCCCCUUGGCUCCCAGUAUCCCUUUUCCUGCACAGUGUCACCCACUCCUGUCCCUGGUCUGAUUCCUGCACCGCUCCUGGGACCAAAUAAAUACUCAGCAACUUU